CCAUACAAGCUUUCUUGUCUCUGAAAAGUGCAGUUGGAAUAUUUGUGCAUCUGUGUGAUUUUUUUUGGUUUGUUUGCGUGGUCAUUAUGAGGAUUGAUCUGAUCUUUGUGCUGUUUUCAGCUCUCAGUUCCAGUGUGAACUCUUAUGUGUUUUACCUGGUGACUAAGACAAUGAGCUGGACCCAAGCUCAGACGUACUGCAGACUGCAUCACAGCGAUCUUGCCACCGUUAACAGCCAGACAGAGCUCAAUGACCUCUUGAAAUCUUUACCCAGUGGUUUUAAAGAUACUUUUUGGCUCGGCCUCUAUCGGACAGAUGGCUAUGCUCCCUGGGUCUUUUCUGAUGGGAGUAAAUCUCUGUUCAGUUCGUGGCAGUCUUCACAACCAAACAAUGCUGAUGGCAUCCAGUACUGUGUGUAUACGACUGUUAAUGGAUACUGGAAUGAUUGGGAUUGUUCAGAUAAAUUACCAUUUAUGUGCUACGAGAGUAAGAUACAGAUAGUAAGACUGGAGAUAAAAUCAAGCACAAUUGUGAAUGAUCCU